UAGAGGUUAAAUUCUGUAGGUAACAGUUAUGGACGGCGAAGAAGACAGAAACGUGGAACGACUGUAACAGCCAACUGCUCAGUCUGAUCACUUCUAAUGCUGAGCCCAACGGCUCCCGAAGUUCGUUGUAGUAUCUCUCCGCCCAAAAUCAGGCCAGCUCCCACCAUGCUUCUCCAUUUACCCUUCUCUGUAACUACAUUUACGAGUCCAACCAAGUUUCUGGGUAAUUUCGUAAGAGGCAAAUUUCAUUCAUCCAUUGAAGAUUUUGUUCUGUCUCCUAGCAGGGGGAGAAGGCUCAAUUCUGUGAAGUCUGUACAGACGUCAUGUCGGGUUUCUGUUCCUGGGUGUGGAAAAGAAAAUGUGCUUUCAAGUUCAAGUAAUUUGAACGAAAAGAAGAAGAUAGUUCCUCAUUCGGAGCCUCCUAGCAUUACAGAUGUCAAUCUUUUGUAUCAAUUUUUCGAUCGAAGCUCUAACCUCAUGGUAUUGACUGGAGCUGGAAUCAGUACAGAGUGUGGAAUUCCUGAUUACAGAAGCCCAAAUGGAGCUUACAGUUCUGGUUUCAAACCAAUUACCCAUCAGGAGUUUCUCCGUUCAAGUCGAGCCCGCAGGCGGUAUUGGACUAGGAGCUAUGCUGGAUGGAAACGGUUUACCGCUGCACAGCCUGGUGCAGCUCAUUUUGCUUUAGCAUCACUGGAGAAAGCUGGUCGGAUCAACUUUAUUGUUACCCAAAAUGUGGACAGACUACAUCAUCGUGCUGGGAGCAACCCGCUUGAAUUACAUGGGACUGUGUAUUCUGUCAUUUGUCUAGACUGUGGGUUUUCCUUUAGUCGGUAUUUAUUUCAAGACCAGCUGAAGGACCUUAAUCCAAAGUGGGCAACAGCAAUUGAAAGUUUGGAUUAUGGUAGUCCUGGAUCAGACAAAAGUUUUGGCAUGAAGCAAAGGCCUGAUGGUGAUAUUGAGAUUGAUGAGAAAUUCUGGGAAGAAGAUCUCCACAUACCAACAUGCCAAAAAUGCAAUGGAGUGCUCAAACCUGAUGUUGUUUUCUUUGGUGAUAAUGUCCCCAAGGAUAGAGCAGACAAAGCAAUGGAAGCUGCAAAAGGUUGUGAUGCGUUCCUUGUACUGGGAUCAUCCGUAAUGACCAUGUCAGCUUACCGACUCGUUAGGGCUGCCCAUGAGGCGGGUGCUGCUAUGGCAAUCGUAAAUUUGGGUGUGACACGAGCCGAUGACUUUGUUCCCCUUAAGAUCAAUGCCCGGCUGGGAGAGAUAUUACCUAGAGUAAUUGACAUUGGAUCGCUCAGCAUUCCUGCUCUCUAGUUCUAUAGAAACCAGGUAAGUGCUUCAAAGAAAGGAUAUAUCCCUGCACAGUAAAUCAUCUUUCAUCUGUAUCAAAACUUGAUUCCACAGAAUGAGCUGCAGAGUGAUGGAAAGUGAUCGACCGUUUUUUAUUGUGUAUGCUUCCAUGUAAAGUUUUUCAAUGUGUUUUUGUUUUUUUUUGUUUUUUUUUUUUUUUUUUU